GAGGUGCAGAUUAGGGUCCAGGUGUUCGACAGCAGCGACCUGUCCGCGCUGGGCGGGGCCCAGGUGGUCGUCCACGGCAACCAGACGCUGCUGGCCUCGGGCGGGGCCGGCGCCGACGGGGUGGUCCGGGUGGGCUUUCCGUACCGCGUGGGGACCUGGGUCAUCAUCAGCGCCUCAAAGCCCGAUUACAUCACCAACUCUGUGCCCUGGCACUCCGCACGCAUCCCCCGUACGUACGCAGCCUUUUCCCGCUCCAAUCGGCUGAGCCCUAAAAUGGUGGUAUUUCCACCUGUGUUUGUUCCCAGGAGCCCGUAACCAGCCUCUGGUGCAGCUCCAGAGGAAGAGUCUGCAGCUGCCCCCCCGCUCCAACUACUCGGCCCUGUCCGCCUUCCUGACCACGGCCCGAAACCAGAACGAGCUCGGGGGGUUCCCCGCCCUGCUGGGCCAGGACUCCAACAGCUCCGACCCCGGCUGGACGGAGCUGGUGGCGCUGGCCGUGGUCGGCGUGCAGCUCUCGGACAGAAACGGCAGCCCGGUCCAGGUCUCAGACCCAAUCCACGUCUCCGAGGGAUCCCAGUUUGUGUGGAGCGUGGUGGUCCCUCAGAUGGGAUACUGGCUGGCAGCCUUCCCCUCCUCUUCAGGGUUCGGCCUGUCCCACCCGGGCCUGAGGGACAUCACCACCUACCACACCCUGUUCCUGCUGGCCAUCCUGGGCUCUCUGGCCCUGCUGGGCACCUCCACCUCCAGACUGAACCUGAUCUGCGGGGGCCACGCGGAGUUGGGCCCCUCGGGGGACAAGUCUGAGCUGUCCCCGUCCUCCGGCCGGGAGGAUCUGGCCAAGCACAGCUUCCCCAUGAAAGUGACCCGCUCCACGGAGACGACCAACAACUUGGACAACCCGCUCCUCCCGGAGUCGGAUUUCCAGCGUCUGCACGGGGCGAGCGACAACCGCGGAUACUCCGCCGACCCUCCGUCUCCCCGUUUCCACGGUUACGUGCCCAGCCAAUCGGACAAGCCGCCGGAGUACUCGGUGGCGGCGGCGGCGGACGGCCUGGCGAGGCCCACUUCGCUCAACACCCAACCGGGCCAGAUCAUCUUCUGCAGCUCCAUAGACCAGAUGAAGGAGAACAUGUACCGCAGCAUGGUGCCCACGCUGGUCAUCCCCGCCCACUACAUGCGCCUGCCCUCCGACUUCAAGGAUGGGACUGACCACGCCGAAAACAAAGAUGGCGGCCAGCCGGAGAGGGGCGGCGUCCAGCAGAACCUCCAACACCUCCUCCACCACCACCAGCUCCAACAACUGGCCCAGAAGCAGGGCCAGAACCAGGGGCAACACCAACAACAACAACAGCAGCUAGGGGGGCCCCAGGGGGGCUCCCAGGGGUGCUCCCAGGGGGGGGACGGGUCCUCGGACUCCCCCGGGGGGGCGGUGACCAUCCCGGUGCUGUUCAACGACUCCACCAUGGCGCAGAUGAACGGCGAGCUGCAGGCUUUGACCGAGCAGAAGCUGCUGGAGCUGGGCGUGAAGCAGCACCCGCGGGCCUGGUUCAUAUCGCUGGACGGGAGGGCCAACGCCCACGUGAGGCACUCCUACAUCGAUGCCGGGGAGGAUCGGGGGGGGGGGGGCGGCGGGGGGGUCCUCGGCGGCGUUUUCGGCAACCUGGAACCGCCCCUGGAGUCCCAGGAAAGGAAGGCGGGGCUCAACCGGAGGGGGAAGGACGAGCGUUGGGGGACGGGGGGCCGAAAGGGCCUCGGGGGAAAGAGCUACUCCAAGCUGGGAUACCAGGACCACGGGGAGCCCGGGGGGGGCGAGAACCGGCCGGCCUCCCCCGAGGAGAACUCCCCCCCCCCCCUGCGGGAGGGGGGGGGGGGCCCCCCCCCCCGGGGGGGGGGGGGGGGGGGGGGGGGACCGGCCCGAAUCCCAAUAAGCACAACCACCUCCUCCAACCUCCUCCACCUCCACCUCCAGGACGAGAACAAGAAGAGCCCCUGGCAGAAGAUCGAGGACCGGCCGCUCAUGGUCUUCCACCCCAGGAAGUGA